AUGCCCUCAACGCAACACCCAUACCCUGGGUUUUUUACGGCAGGUAAGGGCAUACGAGCCUUCACCGGCCGUCUCCGCCAUGGGCACCCUCAUCCCAUCUUGAUCAAUGCACAAGAUGGCCGUUCUUCCCCCCUGAGAGGACGCACUUCUCGAUGCUCCUCUCCCACAACACCUCCCGCCGAACGGCGUGCAUAUGCAGCACGAGAGCAGGCGCGCAAGGCCAAAACCAAUUCUUCAACCGGCUAUAGUUCAGAGAGGUCGAAUUCGGUUCCACCACGCCCACGUCACACUCAUAGCCAUCGAGGCCAUUCAAAGCAAGAGCCCGAGCCCGAGCAUCUACCAUAUACGCACAAGCACUCGACCAAGCAUCAUCGAAAGGCACCAAAGCCUGGUGAGCCGCCACGACGACAUGAAAGUGAUACCGAAUCCAACUGGAGCACCAACGUGCAUGUCCCAUGGACUACUCAACAUCCGUAUCAUCACCACCACCGCCAUGCAUCCCAUUCCGAUCAUGUCGUGCUCAAGGCACCCUUCACUUGCCAUUGCCCAGAAUGCUAUCAGGCCGCUCAUCGGCCCGUCGAGACAACCAAAGAGGACCACAUGCCACCCAAAUACUUCUACGAGCAUCAUCCACACUCCUUUGGGACUCAUCCAGUUCUUGCCGAUCACCGGGUUCCAUGUCGCUGUGGAUUUAUACACGUCGAGCCUGCCCAGGAACCGUCUUCUCGAUCUACGAGCCCUGGCAAACAUCAAAAGGGACAUCGUAAACAUUCAUCUGAGCCCGAAGAGGUUCGAUCUCAUCGCCACCGGCGUCGCCGACACCGUCGGCACCGCCACUACACGACAGACUCAUCCUCUGACACGACGAAUGACGAUGAGGAGACAAGUUCGGAGAGCGAUGCGGAAACUCGGGCUGGAGGUGAGAAAGUUGAGUAUGAGUUGCCGAAUGAUUGGCGGUUCUGUAAUGAGUGCUGUUGGGGACAUCCCGUAUUUUAUGUCCUGCGGUAG